CUCUUUGCGUUCAAACUGUCAUCAUGCAUUGCUUAAAAUUUCUUUAAUCAGUUUGAUUAGUUGUGGCAGAAACUGAGCCUUCAUUUAGGAAUCAAUUUGUCCAUUCAUAUUUUUAUUAUCCAAAGCCUUUCACCAUGCUUAGGCAGUUCUCUCCUGUUGAGCCCUGUUCUGCUCUUCCCACCACGACAUCCUGGAACCCCACGCACCAACUUCAGUCUUUACACUUUCGCACGCGCACUGAACCUUUAGACUGGAGGCGUCUCGCUGCCCUUGAUGUGGAUCGAGUUGCACGGGAGAUGGAUGUCGGAGUGCUUCAGGAUUUCAUUACGGCAGUAACUUUCUGUGCUGUGGAGGGUGAGCGGUGUCCAAACUGCUCUGGGCCUGCAGACCCUUCUUUGAUCAAACUGGUCCGCAUGUCUCAGCUGAAUACUGAAUACCUUCUGCACUGCCAGGACUACCUGAGUGCACAAUUGUCAGGAUUGGAGGAGCGUCUAGAGGGGGCACUCUCUUGGGCCCAGCAGGAGCAAAAACAACGAGUAGAACUGGAGAAAAAAAUGUAUGAAAUUAAGCUGGAGCAGCGGCGUAGAAAGAAGAUGGUUGCCACUCAACAACUCCUCCUACAGGCCAGCGCUAAUAAUUAUCACAAGUGCCAGUUCUGUGAAAAAUUAUUUGUCAAUUACUCCUACCUACAAGAACAUGUUCAGCGACGGCAUCCUGAAAUCACAGAUGCAGAAAGGCAAAAGAAGCAGCAGGUGGAAAAGAUGGAAGAUGGGAUAGAAGAGCUGAAGGAAAGACUGAGAGUAACACAGAUGCAGCUACAGGCAGAGAGAGAAACAGACAGUUUGAGGUGUCAGCAGGAGCAAGAGGAGCAGCACAGAAGAGAACAGUUAGAGAAGGAUGCACUGGAAAGAUGGAAAGAGGAGGAGAGAAGACAAAUUCAGCUGGAAAUUGGGGAGCUCAGGCAGCUUUUUAUCCAGGAGUCAAAAGACAUGGCAAGAAAGAGCUCAUCCAUAGAGGCUAAACUGCUAGAAAUGCAAAACAGAGAGUUUGGUACAUUUACAAAAGUUAGUUUACAAGAACAAUGGGACCACGAUAAAGAAAGGAGAGAAAACAGAGAACGAAAGCUGAAGGAGAGAAUGACCCAGAAGGAAAGUGAAUGGAGGAAGAAAUUACAGGAAGUUCAGAAUAAGUACCAAGAGGAUAAAGAAGAGCUUCAGAGUGAGAACACCAGACUUCUGAAGGCUCUGUCUGUGAAGGAGAACUCUGAACUCUCUCUCUCCUCUCAGCUGAAACAGAAAGACAGACUUAUAGCAUCUCAGGAGGAAAAAUUUCUCAGAAGCCCCAAGAUUCUCAUAAGGACAGAGAAGAGGAAGAUGAGGAGAGCCUAGAAGAUUCAGGUGAUACUAUUGUAGAGUCACUUAUUGGAAACCCAGGGUUGGUGAGAGAGCUUCGAUCUAUCCUAGAAGAAUCGCUGGAGGAAAAGCUGGAG